AUGGCAUCGAUCCUGCGCCAGGCAAACAAGCGUAAGGCUGCCCCUACUGCUGCUGCAGGUGAGGAUGUGCAGCAAAGUGGUGCUCCAGGCGAGGUCGUUCGGCGAAACAAGCAGAGGGUCUUGCUGAUUCCUUCUCGUGGUGUGACGAGCCAGAUGAGGCACCUCGUAUCUGACCUGGAGGUUCUGAUGCCUCACUCCAAGAAGGAUUCCAAGCUGGACUCCAAAUCGAAUCUUCAUAUCAUCAACGAGCUCGCUGAGCUGAACAAUUGCAACAAUACCCUCUACUUCGAAGCUCGGAAGCAUCAAGAUCUCUAUCUAUGGGCUUCCAAGACACCCAACGGACCCUCUGCGAAGCUCUUCAUUCAGAACAUCCAUACAAUGGAUGAGCUCAAGAUGACUGGCAAUUGUCUCAAGGGCUCCCGUCCGAUCCUGUCAUUCGACUCUGCAUUUGAUCAGUCCCCUCACUGGUCGCUUCUGAAGGAACUUCUCACACAGGCCUUUGGCGUACCUCGCAGUUCAAGGCGUACGAAGCCCUUUGUGGAUCAUGUUCUCACGUUCAGUGUGCUGGACGGGAAGAUUUGGUUCCGCAACUACCAGAUCAUAGAGGAGGAUCCGGGGAGCGCUGUUUUGCGAAGAGCGCAGGAACUGGCCUCGGGGGCUGAGCCGGACAAGAGGGCAAAGAGGAGCAAGAAGGCUGGGGCAGAGGAGAAGCCCCCUACACUGGUGGAGAUCGGUCCGCGUUUCGUCAUGACACCCAUUAGGAUCUUUGAAGGAAGCUUUGGCGGUGCGACAUUGUACGAGAACCCAGAAUACGUCUCUCCGAAUACCGUUCGCCACCUGGCUAGGCACAAGAAGGGAGAAGAGUACAAGUCGCGCGCAAAUGAUCAAGACGCCUUUAAGACAAAGGUGGCCAAGUUGCAGAGGGAGAGAAAGGUGAAUGAGCUCGCCACCGAUCGAGUCUUUGCUUGAGGAGGGAGGGGGAGGAGGAGCAAGAGGAGAGGGAUUGGGAGCCAUGCGAUUCUUGGGAGUUGCAGAGGCGAGGACACGACAUGGCAUGGUGUGAGCGGUUACGAGUUUGGUCAGACUAGAAGCGGGACGAGUAAUUGGCAGAGAGGACUAUGAAGGGAAGAGUCACAUGUCGAUUCAAAAAUAGACGAGGAGGAGGCGGGAAUCAUCGACAUCGACGACGACGACGACGAUGAUGAUGAUGUCUUCCUGCGCACUUCGCUGUAAGCAAACAAGC